UAUAUAAUAUUUUUCUUUUCAAAGCCGUUUCAACAGUUAGAACUGUGGAACAGAUAAUUAGGUAAAGGUAUUGCAGUAAUGUAAAUAAUAUCUUUGAAAUCUAAAGACGUGAAAUACAAGCCUCCUCGUUUUUUCGUGGAUGAUUUUUGCCUCAAACACAAGAUUGAGCACUAACAGUUGAAAUGGCAACAGGAACUUGGGAAACACUGCCCCUGGCCACAGCAACAAUUGGACCAGACUGCUGGCGAGAUGCUGCAAUCAAAAAUAUUAAAGUGUCGCAAAACGUUAUGCAAAAGAGUGAUAAAGGAAUUGACCUUGGGCGUCAGCUUGAUCCUCUGCCAACUCUGCGUGACAAUUGUGCUCAACAGAGCAACACAAAAGUACAUAGUUAUGUCCGACAAACACGUCUAGUAGUUGUAAAGCUCCGUGAAAGCCUUCUUGAAACAAAUGAAGAAAUUAAGUCACUCUUAAGAGGCAAAGAAGCACUAGAGAAAAAUUUAGAGCACAUUAGAAAAGAUAUCUUGCUAAACAAGCAAAGCAUUUCAAUAAGGAAAUCUCGACCAAGCAGAGAGAAGGACUUUGAUGGAGCUGAUCAGCUUUUGAUGAAAGAAAGAUUAUGUCUAUUACAUAUCAAAAGAACCUUGGAAGGUGAAUUGAGAGCAACACAGAAACAAUUACAAAUUUUGGCAAGCGCUAGACGAAGGUUGUCAGACACAAUAAUGGAACGCAAUCGUGUUCUUGAUUUAAUCACACACGCUGUGUCAUCUGCUCGUCCAUCAUCAGGAAGAGUUUCUACAACAGAUGACAACAAUGGCCGAACUUCAGCUUACGAACGACCAGAAACUCCAGAGCCCGAUCCGAUUGGGCCAUACACACCAGAAUCGGCAGAGGCUGUACACUCUGCUCAAGAUGCUCGAGCAAGUUCGGCUUCUCUUCGUCGUGAGAUCAGGGAUACGAUUGACAGAUGUGUUUCCGAGCAGAGGGAUAUGCAUCUUACUGUAAAUAACGGAAUGACACAGAAGAUCGCUGAAACAACGACACUUACGCAACAUCUACAAGUUAAUCAUGGAGAGAACAGAGCAUCAAUCCACCGAUCCCAGAGACAUUAUGACUUGACAGACAAAGCACAAGGAUACACACUCGGACCUGUAGCACAUAAUGAUCUGAUGUGCAGAGAACGUCUUGACCGUCCGAUGGUCAAAAUUUAUCAACGCCAUCCAGGAACACAACUGCCAGAAGCUCACAAUUUGAUAGAUGGAAACGUUGGAUUGAUGCAGUCACUGAAAGCCACAAGCCGCAACAUUGCUCUUCUUCAUUUGGCCAGACUGCGUCUGAGUGAUGACAUUAGAGACAAACGCGUAGCAACUGGAAUCGACAGUGCCAUCGUUAGACUGAGACGACGAAGAAGUAAUUACCGAUGGGUGAUGGAAGGAAAGGAACUCAGCUUAUAAAGAUGAAGAAAACGCGACUAACAAUUUAUGACAAGAACAAAAUAGAAAACUAAAUUGCGAAGAGAUUUUAAAUGAAUUACACUGACUGCCUUUGACUUCUUCAUUGUGUGUUAAUGUGUGCAUUAGCUUUUAGAAAAAUAAUAUUUUCAGCACACUGCUACGGCCAAAUUUGAGUUUAAAAUGCACUGUUUUUUUAACUAGAAUACGAUGAAAAACCACCGUUUAAUAAAUAAAUAAACACAAAAACGAACAAUUUUUUAAUAAGUUCGUAAUUUAUUGUUUUAUUUUAUAACAGGAACAAUCAGGCGA